CAAUCAACCUAGACGCAGCCAUAGCAGCCAGUCUCCAUGGCGUAAACAAAUAAGCACAACGUUAGCCAGCUGAUACGGCAAUCCAAAUGAGAUUUUUUGCAAACGAACGAUGUUGGCUAACUUCUCAGAAAUGACAGCUUUUAACACUUUUAGACAUCAGCAGCGUAAGAUGAUGAGUUGUAAGAGAAGUCUUUAUUCAUGUUGAGUGAAGUCUUUGUGAGCAUGUUUUAUUGAGCAGGCUAACUUCUAUCUGGCUUUAUCCUAGCCAAGAAGAUCUAACGUUAACGCGGUUAGCUAACGGUUCAUUUGGCAACUGUUCCUGUCGUUAUUUGUCGAAAUCGAAAACAAUUGCCGAUUCUUCGUUAUUAUUGAAGCCAGUGGGUUUGUUAAGUUGGCUCAGUUAAAAGUUAAUGCCGAGCAAACGUUAAUCGUAUGAACUGUAGCAUUACCGUUACUUACAGCUAGCUAUGCUAUCCGCUAUGUAAGUUAGCUAACAGCAAAGUUAGCUCAGUGUGUUAGCUACGUUAAUGUUAACGCCACAGUUGGUUUUGACAACUCCGUCGAAACGGGGAUGGUGUGGAAAGACAAGGUCCGCACUUACCUAGCUAGCAUACAGUAUUAACCAACCAUAAUAUUUAUUCAAGCCUCCGCUAGAACGUUACAGAUAUUUUACUAGUCUCUCACGCUGAAUUCAGGAUGAGGCCGUAAUCAGUGGCUAGCGUCUAACAGCACCAAGCAGGUCCAUGUUUGAAGACUUCACUGAUUGUACACGGUUGCGAUGGCUGUAUGCAGCUGAAGGGUGAGCUGAACGAUUGCUGGAAAGUGCGGUGGCGAGAGUGUGCCUCGCGGCGUGAGCAGGUCCCAGUUCCACAGGUUGAACUGACAUGUUCGCUCUGAUGGCGAACUGCUGCAACUGGUUGAAACGUUGGCGCGAGCCUGCCAGGAAAGUGACAUUAGUGAUGGUUGGACUGGACAACGCCGGGAAAACAGCUACGGUCAGAGGCAUCAAAGGAGAGAGCCCAGAAGACGUGGCCCCGACCGUUGGCUUCUCUAAAGUGGACCUGAAGCAGGGCAAGUUUGAGGUGACCAUCUUUGACCUGGGCGGGGGCAAGCGUAUCCGGGGCAUCUGGAAGAACUACUACUCGGAGUCCUACGGCGUCGUGUUCGUAGUGGACUCCAGCGACACCCAGCGUCUCCAGGAGACCAGAGACACCAUGGAGGAGGUCCUCCGACACCCACGCAUCGCCGGCAAGCCUGUCCUCGUUUUGGCCAAUAAGCAGGACCGAGACGGUGCACUGGCCGAAGCCGACAUCAUCGAGGGUCUCUCUCUGGAGAAGCUGGUCAACGAGAACAAGUGCCUGUGCCAGAUAGAGCCCUGCUCUGCUGUGAUUGGCUAUGGUAAGAAGGUGGACAAGUCCAUCAAGAACGGCCUGAACUGGUUACUGAGCAGCAUUGCACGGGACUACGAGGCCAUCACUGAGCGCGUGCUAAGAGACACGGCCGAACAGAAAGCCCAGGAGGAGCAAGACAAGAAGGACCGAGCCGAGAGAGUCCGCCGCAUACGAGAAGAGAGGGCUCGCCAGGAGCGAGAGGAGGCUGAGCGAGAAGGCCGGCCCCUUGAGGAGGAGGAGCCAGAUGAGGCCAACAUGCCCAGCCCCUUCCAGCCAAUCACAAACGUUAUUACUGAGAAUGAAGAGCGCCUGAAGCAGGAGCGGGAGAAGCAGGGGUCCGACCAGAGUCCCCAGGAAGCCAUGCAGGAGGAGGAGGAAGAGGAAGAGGAGAGCGAGAGGCACACACCAGAGAGCACAGAAUCAGGUGUGGCUGAACAAGCCAAGAAGAAAGCCAAGAAGCUCCGACUGAAGCGCAAACACCGUGUGGACCCCCUCCGCACAGACGAGGGACCCCCUGAGAGUCCCACACCACCCCCUCCACCAGUGGGCUGGGCCACUCCUAAAGCCUCCAGGUUGCCCAAACUGGAGCCGUUGGGGGACACGAGACACGCGGAUUUCUAUGGGAAGCCCCUCCCCCCAGUAGCCAUCCGGCAGAGGCCCAACAGUGACACCCACGAUGUCAUUUCCUAGCCAUGUGCUCUCAGCCAAUCAGUAGCGAAUAGACUCCUUCUCCCUCCAAUCACGGCUCUCCUGUUUUUUGUUCUCUUCUGCCUCCAAGCACGAGCUGUGUAGACGGACACACACUCCUCUCAUGGAAUUGAGUUCACACCGGCGCAACAGAGAGACUCGACACGCGCACGCACACACACCAGCAAAGAAGAGACUGAACACACAGGCAGCAGCCGACCACACAAACUGGACACCCCCCCCCCCCAGCCGGCCCCAGCUCAGAGAGAAUGACUCCAGCGCUGGACACACACUCCCAGGCAGUCAAUGGAGCUGAGAGGGCGUGACACAUAAAGAGUGGAGAAAGAAGCUCAAGACUGUGUGUGUGUGUGUGUGUGCGUGUGUGUGUGCGUGUGUGUGUGUGUAUGUCACAUCAUUUUAUCUUCUGCACUGUUUGUGUGUGUGCGCACGUGUUUGAGCGCGCAUGCGUAUGUCUGUGUAUGUUUAAGUCCAACUGAACUGGACUGGACCAAGCUGCUGGUGUCCUGCUCCUCUAUGUGUGGGCUUCAGUGGAGUGGAGUUGAGCUGAAUGUCAGUAUUAUUAUCCAUGGGGGCUGGAGGGCUUUCAGAGUGAAACUUCACCCUCUCACAAAACUCUCCCACCCAUUUCACCCUCUCACUCCCUGUCCUGCUGACCGGCUUGUGAUUCUACUCUCACUCUCUCACUUCUCAUUCUCCCAAUCUCCACACAUCACCCUUUCUCUGCCGCGUCCUACCUCUCUCCUCACCUUCUCACCCUCUCACUCUCUCCUCUCCUUCUCACACUCCCACUUCGCAUUAUAGAACACUGUCCAGACCGCAUUCAACACUACAGCUGAUUUAACUCUCACACUUCGCAUUAUAGAACACAUGCAGUCCAGACCGCAUUCAACACUACAGCUGAUUUAACUCUCCCACUCUGCACCAUGGAACACAUGCAGUCCAGACCGCAUUCAACACUACAGCUGAUUUAACUCUCCCACUCUGCACCAUGGAACACAUGCAGUCCAGACUGCAUUCAACACUACAGCUGAUUUAACUCUCCCACUCUGCACCAUGGAACACAUGCAGUCCAGACUGCAUUCAACACUACAGCUGAUUUAACCCUCCCACUUCGCAUUAUAGAACACAUGCAGUACAGACUGCAUUCAACACUCUGGCUGAUUUAACUCUCCCACUCUGCACCAUGGAACACAUGCAGUCUAGACUGCAUUCAACACUACGUCUGAUUGAACUUUAUCACUCCUUGCUGGACCGGCCUGGACACUAGUUACUUCACUGCUUUAUCUACCCAAGAACCAAGAACAAAGCAUAUGGGUGCAACUCAUUGGCCCUCAGCGCAACAUGUGCAACACUCAUGAAAACAAUGAAAUGAUGACCUAGAAACAGGCAACGUCUUGUUACUGAAACACUACCAAACAGGGGCUUGUAUAUUACUGUACGCUCUAAAACGUCACUGUAGCCACAGGCCAUAAAUGAGCUAUAUUUAUGUAUUAUGAAACUGUACAUAAUUAUUCCGGAGUCUAUUUUUGUCAGUGUCUGUUGCUUUCUGGCUUCCCAAACGGGCCCAUGUUACACAUAGCCAAGUUACGGUGGGGCUGCAAAUGUGGAUGCCAUUUAGAUAAUUGCUUGUUUACGUUUAAUACUGCUUGAAUGUGAUAUUUCAACACAAGGCAAACAAUUUUUACAGCUAGAUUUCAUUAUGUUCAUAUUCUACCCAGUGUAUUUUGUAUGAUCAAUAUUAAAUACAGACCCAUUCUUUAAAAACA